CCGGCGCGAGCGCAGCGCGGCGCGGCGCGGCGCGGGGUGGGGUGGGCGCGGCCGACCCGGUCCCCGACCCGGCCCGCGACCCCAGGCCUUUCGCGCGCCCCGCACCCGCUUGCCAGGCGGCGGGCGGAGUAUCGCUCCCCUCGUUCGUCCACUUGCCGAAGUUCUCUGGAUCGGCAGCUGCCGGACGGACGGACUGACGGACGGGCAGACGCCGGAGACCCCAGCGGGCUGAGGCUUCUGGGCUGGCCGGCCAUCCGGGCCGCGGCCUCGGCGUCAUGUCCUCGACCCGAGACGCCUGCGGUCAGUUUCCUCUGCACCUCCUGGUCUGGAACAACGACUACCGGCAGCUGGAGAAGGAGCUGCGGGACCAGAAUGUGGAGGCUCUGGAUCCUCGGGGCCGAACAUUAUUGCACCUUGCAGUUUCUUUGGGACAUCUGGAGUCUGCUCGGGUCUUGCUCCGACAUAAAGCAGAUGUGACCAAAGAAAAUGGCCAGGGAUGGACAGUCUUACAUGAGGCUGUGAGCACUGGGGAUCCUGAGAUGGUAUACACAGUUCUUCAACAUCGAGACUAUCAUAACACAUCCAUGGCCCUUGAAGGAGUUCCUGAGCUGCUACAUAAAAUUCUUGAGGCGCCAGAUUUUUAUGUACAGAUGAAGUGGGAAUUCACCAGCUGGGUGCCCUUGGUUUCCAGAAUAUGCCCAAAUGAUGUCUGUCGUAUUUGGAAAAGCGGUGCCAAACUACGUGUUGAUAUCACAUUGCUGGGAUUUGAGAACAUGAGCUGGAUAAGAGGGAGGCGUAGUUUUAUAUUUAAAGGAGAAGACAACUGGGCAGAGUUGAUGGAAGUCAACCACGAUGACAAAGUGGUCACCACUGAACACUUUGAUCUUUCCCAAGAGAUGGAGCGCCUUACUCUGGACUUGAUGAAGCCGAAAAGCAGGGAAGUUGAGAGGCGGCUCACAAGCCCAGUUAUCAGUACCAGCCUCGAUACUAAAAACAUUGCUUUCGAAAGAACUAAAUCCGGAUUCUGGGGCUGGAGGACAGAUAAAGCAGAAGUUGUUAAUGGUUACGAAGCAAAGGUUUACACAGUAAAUAAUGUGAGUGUGAUAACCAAAAUACGCACAGAGCAUCUGACAGAGGAAGAAAAAAAGAGAUAUAAAGCGGACAGGAACCCUUUAGAAUCCCUGCUGGGUACUGUGGAACAUCAGUUUGGUGCUCAAAGGGACCUCACUACGGAGUGUGCCACCGCAAACAACCCCACAGCCAUCACGCCUGACCAGUACUUUGAUGAAGACUUUGAUCUAAAAGACAGGGACAUCGGAAGGCCAAAAGAGCUCACAAUUAGAACUCAAAAGUUUAAAGCUACCCUGUGGAUGUGUGAAGAGUUUCCCCUCUCCCUUGUAGAGCAAGUCAUUCCCAUUAUUGACCUCAUGGCUCGAACUAGUGCUCAUUUUGCAAGACUGAGAGAUUUCAUCAAAUUGGAAUUCCCGCCUGGAUUUCCUGUCAAAAUAGAAAUUCCUUUAUUUCAUGUCUUAAAUGCACGGAUUACAUUUGGAAAUGUUAAUGGCUGCAGCACUGCUGAAGAAAGUCAAAAUGUGGAAGGGACCCAGGCUGAUUCAGCUUCCCAGGUUACAAGCUUUGAGGUUGACCAAUCUGUGUUUGAAAUUCCUGAAUCUUAUCAUGUUCAAGACAAUGGCAGAAAUGUGCACUUGCAAGAUGAAGAUUACGAGAUCAUGCAGUUCGCUAUUCAGCAGAGCCUGCUGGAGUCCAGCCGGAGCCAGGAACUUUCAGGACCAGCUUCAAAUGGAGGGAUCAGCCCGACACACAGCUAUGAAGCCCAGUAUGAGAGGGCCAUCCAGGAGAGCCUCCUCACCAACAUGGAAGGCCCGUGCCCAGGUGCCCUGACUGAGUCCAGCCGUUUUGACAGUGACUUGCAGCUGGCCAUGGAGCUCUCUGCCAAAGAGCUGCAGGAACAGGAACUCCGUCUCCAGGAGGAGGAGGCUGAGCUCCAGCAAGUCUUACAGCUGUCACUCACUGAGAAAUAGACAUUUUUGUCCACGGGCCAUGCACCAAGGCUCUGGGCUGCACGUGAGUGCUGUGUCCGCUGCCAGGCCCCAGGCCUGAGGGCCUCCACUUCGUGUAGAUGGCAGCUGCCCCUUCUUUCCGCAGAGGUGCAGGACCAGUGACUCCCCAGCCCUGUAGGUGCCCCUGGAGUAGAAAGAGGGCCUGGCAGCCCAGCUCCAGGCUACGGGGAGGAGAGCACCACCACUUUCCAUUAGCUAUAUUGGCUUGCAGGUCACAUUUUUACUACCAGCUUUAGACAAAACCCAAAUCUGUGCAGGGUUCUAGAUCCAUUUCUACCCCAGAGUGAAAACAUUAUUGCUAAGUCAGGGUGCUUCUAUGGAGGAGAGCAGCAGCCUUUGUAGAGUGGUUUAUGAGAACUGGACACCUUCUUUACUGUUCACCAAAGAAAUGGGUUGUGUCGAUCUACUCUUUAUUUUUACCUUUCUAUAGGGUUUCUAGGACAUUGCCAUCAUUCCUCUCCAUUUCCACCUUAUUCCAUACCUUCCACCACCACCACCCCACCAUACACACCCUAGCUAAAGUUAAAGAGGAGAUAUGUACAGGAUCUAUUUUAGAUUAUGGUUAACUAUUUGCAUCAGAUGAAGAUGAAUGAACACGGAUGUUGCCUUAGCCUUAAAACUUACUAAUUGUUUCAAGCCACCUCACUCCAUGUGUUGAGGGAUCUGGAUUGGCUUUGAGAAGGCAGUUCCUUUGAGAGCAGGCUCCUCCACGCAAAAUCCAAGGCAGCUAAUCCUGUCCCUGGCAGGGCAGAGAGAGGAACCCGGGACUGUUCUUAAGUGAGCUAGCCAAAGCACUGGGACAGCAGAGAGCCAACCCAAAGUGUGUUGUCUGCUCCAGGGAGGCCUAGGAGGCACCAGUUGCAAGUACUUGCAACUUACCAGGAAAGGAAUGGGUUUGAGAUGAGAAGGGAGCGAACAUGAAGAGCAAUGGCUCUUCCUCCAAAAGGGAAAGUGAUGAUUCCAUGUUAGUUUUGAGAGUUCAAAACAUCUUUCUGGAUAAAUAUAUUUUUAACAGAAUCUUUUUAUUAUUUUUAAAGAUAAAAAUGACUACUCCCAUUAGUAGCAAUAAAAGGUUAUACAUUUUAACCAGAUUUUCUCAGGCCUCUUUUGGAUACUUUUAGUAGUUAACUAUUUUGUCUAGCCCUCCUGUAAAUACCUGUCACAUAACAUACAGAGCCUGGGGAAUAUGGCCGACUGUGGCCCCUAUACUCAUUCUCCCAGGCUGCACUGAAAUCACCCAGUAGUCUGUAUCCUCCCUUGUUUUGCGUCUAUUUCCUAUUGCGCUUCUUUUUGGGAUAGGAAGAGAGAAACAAACUCCUAUUCUAGUUGAUGCCUGAAUCAUACAGUGAACGUUGCCAGUAAUAUUCCUAGACACAAAGGAUUGUGCUUUUAAUGCCAGAUAGCCAUUUGCCUUUUUUGUCAUGCUCUGACCAAAAAAUGUGUCUGCAUACCAGGCCAGUAGAUGUGACAUCACGCUAGUUCCUUACACAGCGGCAGCAGUGUUUAUGAUGAGCAAAGUUCUUGGGAAUGACUGCAGUUAUUUUCCAUGUUGUUUACUCACUAAGGUGAAUCAUAGGGAAUUUUCUGUUUGCAUUCCACUGCUCUGCUUCCUGACUUCUUUGACUUUGUCCUCAAGAAGCCACUUACAAAGGGACUGAGCACUGUCAGCCUGCUGCAGCGUUUUCAUGUGUUCCCUCAAAAUGCAAAUAAAGCCUGCUUCCCUAGAGGGUGCUC